AUGGCCCAGCUUGAGGCCCGCAAGCACAUAUCUCUAGACUCGGGGUUUCCUAUAACUCUCCAUCCAUCGUUCAACAGAAAGAUUAGAGAACAUGUACCACCCGAGAUUCUCCGAGAAGAGAUUAGGCCUGAAAAGGACCGAGCUCACUUCGCUGAUCCUUCUAAGAGAGCCCUUCUUUCUGUAGCUAAGCAAGUCGACCUCACCGAGUCGAUUGGAACCGUCCUCGAAGGUGUUCAACUUUCUACACUCAGCCUCGAACAGCUGGAUGAGCUCGCUGCUCUAGUCACAGAGCGAGGUGUUGUCUUCUUCCGCAACCAAGACCUCACGACUGAUGGUCAAGUAAAAUUAUUUGAGCACUACGGCGUUCUUGACAAGCAUCCAGCUCAGAAGGACGUCAAGCAUGUUGUGAUUAAGGGAAGUACGGAAGAUCAUCGGGAAAUCCUCAAUUACACACCCUGGCCUUCGGGCGACUUCCACGCCGACACAUCGUUCGAGAUCAACCCACCGUCGUACUCCCUACUCCGGAUGGAGGAGCACCCUGCAGUUGGCGGGGACACGGCAUGGGUGUCACAGUACGGCCUGUAUGACGCUCUGAGCGACGCCUACAAGAGAUUUAUCGAUGGGUUGCAUGCUGUGCAUACCUCGCGACUGCAAUAUGACAGCAUUAUUGAUCUCUGGGGAGUGGGACCUAAUCGACCACCGAUCGAUAGUCAUCAUCCUGCCGUCCGCACUCACCCCGUCACUGGACUGAAAGCUUUGAACAUCAACCCGGGCUUCGUGACAGGAUUCGCUGAGUUGAAAAAGGUCGAAUCGGAUAAGUUGUUGGAUUUCUUUGCCUACCACAUCCAUUCUGCAGACGAUCAUGCAGUGCGAUGGAAGUGGGAGGUUGGGAGUGUUGCUAUGUGGGAUAACAGGGCCACAAUUCAUCGGGUGAUACCGGGAACGUAUGACGCCCCUCGAAGGGGCAUCAGGACGACCGUUUUUGGCGAGAAACCCUUCCUUGAUCCGGCCAGCGAAAGCCGUAAUCAGAGGGCCGCACGACUCAAGGAUGCUAAAAAAUAUGGUGAGACUGCUUCUGGAGGCAAUGUAGAGAGUGAGGUACCUAUUCGCGAAAGUUCAAAGAAUGUAGGGCCUGAAGCCAGUACUCCUGCUUGA